CUUGGUUGGAGGUGAUACAGCGUCAUUGGAGACCAAUCGAUUCGUCGCACCUGCGUGACCGAUUCGUCGCUGUGCCCUCGAGAUGGCAUCUCCUGCCAAGCAAAAAGUGGUUAUUGUCGGGGCUGGACCAGUGGGCUGUUUGGCAGCUCUCUACGCCGCAGCCAGAGGCGACGAUGUCGAGCUCUAUGAGCUACGAGGAGAUCUCAGGGUUCCCGGUACAAUUCCCUUAAACUUCACGAAAUCUAUCAACCUUUCCUUGUCCCACCGCGGGAUAACGGCAUUGCGGCACUCAGGCCGGGAGCAUGUCAUCAAUGAGAUUCUCCAAGAAGUGGUCCCGAUUUAUGGUCGUAUGAUUCAUGGACGAGAUGAUGGGAAACUAUGGGAGGCACCGCAAGCCUACGACGUGCACGGCCGGAAUAACUACUCUGCAGAUAGAGGAAUGCUGAACAACGUGUUCCUCAACGAGCUGGAGCGAAUACCCAACAUCAAGCUCUUCUUUAACCAUAAGCUGACCGGUGCCGACUUCCAAGCAAACAAGGCCUGGUUUGAGCGUCGCUUGCCUGGGGAAGCACCCCUUCCCGGGUCGUCCGGCCGUGUCCCCGAAAUAGAGGUUGACUUUGACUUCCUUAUCGGUGCAGACGGCGCCCAUUCGGCCACGCGGUACCACAUGAUGAAGUUUGCCCGCGUCGAUUACCAGCAGGAGUAUAUCGACACGCUGUGGUGCGAGUUCCGCAUUCCUCCAUCCCCAACAAACGACUUUCUUAUCUCCCCAAGCCACCUUCACAUCUGGCCAGGCAAGGAGUUCAUGUUCAUUGCCCUUCCCUCCGUCGACAAAUCAUUCACCUGCACGCUCUUCGCGCCAGCGAGCCACUAUGCCCAGCUCGAACGCUCCACAGAAGACCUCCUCCAGUUCUUUGACGAGCACUUUCCCGGCGUCUGUCCCCAACUCAUCUCCCCUUCCGACCUCACAGCCCAGUUCAGAGCCAACCCACACCUCCCCCUCAUUAGCAUCAAAUGUGCACCACACCACUACAGCUCCUCCGUUGUUAUUGUUGGCGACGCAGCCCACGCAGUCCUCCCAUUUUACGGGCAAGGCCUAAACGCCGGCCUUGAAGAUAUCCAGGUUCUCUUCGACGCACUAGACAAACAUGGCGUCUACAAUGCCAACUCUGAUCAGGCCGCCCGCGCUCUCGCCCGCCAGUCAGCAUUCGCAGCGUACACGGCUUCCCGCACUGCUGACGCUCACGCCAUCAACGAUCUUUCCCGCCAAAACUACGUCGAGAUGCGGUGGGGCGUCAAACAACCCCUCUACCGGCUGCGCAAGUACAUCGAGGAAGCACUCUACCACUACCUUCCCAGCCUAGGCUGGCAAACUCAGUACACCCGCGUCAGCUUCAGCAAUCAGCGCUACUCGGAGAUCAUAGCUAUUAACCGGAGACAGGGACGCAUACUAGGUGCUGUCUUCGGGUCGACGUUAAUAUCGGUAUUAGCGGUCACGGGUAUCUACUUAUGGAGACAGCCAACGACUAGACUCUUGUCGCUGGCAAGUUUCAGAGGCGCCUUACAGGGUGCUCUACAGGGCGCCCUAACGGGAACUGCGUAGAUGUAUUUCAAGUAUGUUCAUAUCAAUCUGUCGAUGUUGGGAGGGGAUUUGCAAAGUUGGUAUACACACUAGAUUGUAGAGGCUCAGACUCGGUUUGGGCUAUCUUGCAUCAUCUCGUUGUUUGUGCCUGCCGCCUCUUGUGGCAUAUUAUACGUACACUCUGCUUCUACGGUAGCUACUACGACUAAAAUAGAUCUUCUCUUCUCUGA